AUGGAGCAUUCGAUACAAAAUGGUCUGCAUCGCCGACAUUUCAUAAGUACACAUGUUGAAGGUACAUCAUAUCCUACGGAUACCAUCAGACUGGUAUCACCACUUAACAGAUUCGCUAUAUUACAAGGGAAUUUCAGAUAUGACGAUGAUUACCCCGAAAAGCCGUAUGGACUGAGAACUAAGCUAAUAAUAAUAGGAAUAAUAAUUGUGGUAUCAGCGUUAUGUGGUUACUUUAUUGGUAGAGCAGAUUAUAAUGCACAGAAACUGCCAACGCCUUUGGAUCCCAUUGAUCAUCUACCACCAUCACCGUCGAGGCUCCACAUAUUUAAGAGAGCAGCGGUUUGCACAGAUGCUCCACAGUGUUCGGAGAUAGGCAGGUACAUUCUUUCAAUCAAUGGAUCUGCCGUUGAUGCAACUAUUGCUGCGAUGUUCUGCAACGGAAUCUUUAACAUGCAGAGCAUGGGUCUGGGGGGAGGAUUCUUCAUGACAGUGUAUAUCAAGGAAGAAGAAAAAGCCUACACUGUGAUCGCGAGGGAGAAAGCCCCAGAAGCUGCUUCCCGCGAUAUGUUCAACGGAAACUCCGCCAAAGCUUCUAAAGGGGGCUUAGCAGUCGCCGUCCCAGGCGAGCUUCGAGGCAUGUGGGCAGCUCACAAGCGAUGGGGCAAGCUUCCUUGGGACGAACUCUUAAAACCUUCCCUUAACUUCUGCAAAUAUGGAUUCACAAUGUCGAAGGUUUUGCAUGAGGGACUAGAAAGCGCGCCAUUCACCAAGAAUGAUCCACAUUUAAGGAAAAUGUUCUUUAAUAGUGCAAAAAAUAAAUUUCACAAACCAGGUACACUAGUGAAACCUAACGAGCCUUUCUGCAAAACGCUCAAUAUAAUAGCUGAGAAGGGUGGCGACGAACUCUAUAACGGUACACUAGCUGUCGAAUUCUUGGAAGAUCUCAACAGAGCUGGUAGCAUCAUUACAGCUGAUGACCUGAAGAAUUAUGAAGCGAAAAUCACAGAUCCAAUAUCAGUUCCUUUAAGCAACGGCGAUAUAUUAUACACCCCUCCGCCACCAAGCAGUGGGGCUAUUUUAAUAAACAUUUUGAACAUACUCAGCGGCUACAAUUUUACAUCCGAUAACAUAAAUAACACUGAAAAUAAGGUACUUACUUACCAUAGGAUAUUGGAAGCGUUCAAACACGCGUAUGCGGCCAGGACUAAACUGGGAGAUUUGGAUUACCUGGACUUAACUGAUUUUCUACACAACAUAACCUCACCAGAUUAUGGAAGAGAAAUGCGAUUAAAAAUUAAUGAUACAAUAACAAGCAACAGUACAGAUUUCUACGAUGCCUCCGAAUACCUGAAGCCAGACCACGGAACCGCUCACAUAUCAGUCAUAGCGGACAAUGGUGAUGCAGUAUCAAUGACGAGCUCGAUUAAUUUCUAUUACGGCGCCGGAUUCACAACUCUCAACACAGGCAUUGUAAUGAACAAUGUAAUGGACGAUUUUUCUUCUCCUGGAAUUGUAAAUUACUUCGGCCUAAAACCUUCCCCCGCUAACUUCAUUGCACCGGGCAAGAGACCCAUGUCCUCGAUGAGUCCUAGUAUUAUCGUUGAUAGGAAUGGAAAUGCGAAACUUGUUAUAGGCGCUUCCGGUGGAACGAAGAUCGUGACAGCUAUGGCUUUGGUAACAAUGCGUAAGCUGUGGUUCGGGCAGAGCAUCAAAGAAGCAGUGGACGAACCUCGUAUCCACCAUCAAAUAUUCCCAAUGCAUGCUGAAUAUGAAUUCGGUGUGAUUAAGGACAUUAUCGAUGGUUUACGAGCAAAGGGUCAUGGUAUGGUGCGUUAUAGAAACAGAGGUUCCAUCAUUUGCGCUCUCUUCAGAAAUCGAACAGCUAUUUACGCGAACGCAGACUUUAGAAAAGGCGGCGAUGUUGCCGGAAUAGACUAAGUGACUAGUUAAACAUAGAUAUAUAUAAAAGGAAUUAUAC